UCUUAUUCAAAUAACUUUUAACGAUAAUGGUUCCUCUUAGUUGUAAUGAAAACAUUGGCAUAUGUGUACUUCUUUGUUGGGUAGAAUUGUUCAGCUUCUAUUUUAUUAAUUUAUAAAUUCUGAACUAAAGAAAUACAAUUCCAGAAGGAGUUUUCAAUUGAAUGGGGUUGAAAGGAUAAAAAUCAAAAUUAAUUUCAUUUAAAGUAAAAAAAAAAAAAAAAAUAGAAUGCUAAAUUAUAUUUAUAUAUUCAAAUGGUAAGCAAUCGCUACGAAAUAAUUAUGACAACUGUUAUAGAGAAAUUAAAGAAAAAUUACGUUGCAAGAGUACGCUACAGAAAAUGUAUUUUAUUGAUAGAAGUGCUUGGAUUCAGCUUAUAUCUAGCAGGAUUCGCAACACCAUACUGGGUAUCAUUUCUAUCAGAAGAUUCUAAUCUGGAUUCUACUAGUGGUCUAUUCGCGACAUGUGUUAGAACAGCCGGGAAAUUGAAUUGUGCAGAUAUUCCAAAGUUUUCAGAUAAACUUAUAAUUUGUAUAGUGUUUGCGUGUCUUGCUUUGAUAUCGUACAUCGUAAUGGUGGUGGCUUCUCUUCUUGUUAUUAACUGGUUAAAGGAACAGCGAAAUAGAUGUACAAUUGUUUCUAUUGUUUCUAAUGUGGCUACUGGUAUACUUAUACCACUUACUCUUGGUUUAUACGUCGUGUACAUGGAAGAUAGAGGGUUUUCUUUAGAAGUGGUGUAUUUCUUGAUGAUCGUUAGUAAUGUAUUGGUGGUAAUUACUGCGGUCCUGCGAAUUUUCGACUUCAAGCUUCCGGAACCAAAGAAGCGAGGGAUACCUUUUAGUAUGCCACCACUAACUACAAUUAAUCGACAGAUUAAAACACCGAUGUCAAAGAUUCAAAGGAAAACUGAAAAUAAGCUAAAACCUGCAAUUACACCACAACGAUAUUUCCCUAAACCUUCGGAAAAAAGACACACUCAUCCUUUCUACAAAAAAGAUGUGGACCCAUUGUUUGUUAAAGUGUUAUAUGCAAAAGACAAAGAUUCUGAUACAUUGACAGCAGUCAGGCCUUUCAAUGUAAACGUCAAAUGAAAAUGUAGGACAUCAAUGGAGAAUCGACAAAGGUUUUCUUAUUUUAAUUUUUUCGGUAAACGGGAGAUAAUCCUAUUUUAAAAGUUGCUUCUGUAAUUUUACAAUGUAGGUUAUGUCGCUUCUCUGAUGACCACAGGCACUUUUCUCAACUACAAAAUCGUUUAUACCUUAAUAUAACGAAGACAUGCAAUA